AUGGCAGCUUCAAAACUGGCUUGCAUGGCUUUCAUGGCAGCGUCAAAAGGGUUUUGCAUAGUUAUUGUGGCUCUAUUAAGCUUAGCGCUAACUUUGUCUGCCCAUAGAGUUCGACCGUCAAUAACGGCUUCUAUUGGCGCAAGAGAAAUGAUUGAAGUGCUUAAAUCACAGGUUGAUGGUCAUGUUUUGAAACCUAGUGAAGCAGCUGGUAUCCUUGGAGAAGGUCCUCAUUUUGGUGGGAUUCCUGGUUGGGGUGGAGGGGGAGGGGGAGGGGGAGGGGGUGGAGGUGGUAUUGUUGGCCCUGGGUUUGGUGGUGGUGGUCCUGGUGUUUGGGGUUGGGGUAGGGGUGGAGGAUGGGGCGGUUUUGGCCCUGGUUUUGGGAGAGGCGGCGGUGGCGGGGGCGGUGGAGGAGGAGGUGGUCCUAGUUAUGGUCCUGGUUAUGGGAGAGGCGGCGGUGGCGGUGGUGGUGGUGGAGGCGGUGGUCGUGGCCCUAGUUAUGGCCCGGGUUAUGGGAGAGGCGGCGGUGGAGGCGGUGGUCGUAGCCCUAGUUAUGGCCCGGGUUAUGGCGGUGGCGGCGGUGGGGGAGGAGGUGGUCAUGGCCCGGGUUAUGGGAGAGGCGGCGAUGGUGGCGGCGGUGGUGGUGGAGGUGGUGGUCAUGGUCCUAGAUAUGGUCCUGGUUAUGGAAGAGGCGGUGGUGGUGGUGGUGGUGGUUAUGGUCCGGGUUUUGGGAGAGGCGGUGGUGGUGGAGGAGGAGGAGGAGGUGGUGGCGGCGGCGGUGGUCUUAGUCCUAGUUAUGGUCCUAUUAUAGGUAGAGGAGGUGGAGGUCCUAAUUAUGGUAGUGGAGGAGGAAAUAGCCCUAGUGUAGGUUGGGGAAGAGUGCCUAAUUAUGGUUCUGGUGGGGGUGGAGGAGGAGGAGGGGGAGGUGGUGGCCCCCCUAAUUAUGGUCCUAGUAUAGGGGGAGUAGGUGGUGGAGUAAAGGGUCCUUAUUGUGGUCCAAGUGGAGGCGUUGGAUGUCAUCCUCAGUUCCCCGGUGGUGGUGGUGGGGGAGGAGCUCCCACACUUCAUCCAUCACUCAGAUCACACGCCAUGGCAGCUUCAAAACUGGUUUGCAUGGCUUUCAUGGCUUCCAUGGCUUUACUUCUUGCCUUAUCAUUCAGCUCAGCUCAGAGUGCCGAGCCAUCUUCACCGCAACACAUUUCCACCAUUAACGCUGACGGCGGCGAAGACGCUAGCGGUGGCCUCAAGGCUCGCGUCUUAGGUGACUACAGCGACCGCCACCACAAACACCGCCGCCAUCGCCACCACCACUAUCACUACUGGCCGUACUGGUACUGGCGCGGCUACUGGCCGCACUGGGGCUGGCGCGGCUACUGGCCGCGCUGGGGUUGGGGUUGGCGCGGCCACUGGGGGCUGCGAGCCCGCCGCGGCCUUGUGGAAGAUCACGGCAAAGCGCGUGAAGGGACUGGCGCCGGUAGUGGCGGCGGAUUUGGCUCCGGGAAUGGCCGCGCCGGCGCCGGCGGUGGAGAGGCCGCCGGAGGCGGUAGUGGCAGCGGAUAUGGGACCGGAAGCGGCGGAGGGGAUAUACACGGCUACGGUGAAGGACACGGCGGCGGCUACGGCGGAGUUCCAACUCCGGGGAGUUAUCAGUGCAAGCCACAAAAUUGCAUUGGAAAAGAUUGUAACGAAAUUAUGAUUCACCUUGAUGAAGUCUAUACUUAA